AUGGCAGAGAUGGAUUUAAAAACGGCCACAUCAGCGAUGGAAGCUUUGGUUCGUAUCAGCUCGAACAUGAAGAGCCUGGAGCACGAGUUGCAUUGCCCUGUGUGUAAAGACAUAGUCAAGCAGCCCGUGGUCCUGCCAUGCCAGCACAGCGUCUGUCUCAUGUGUGCCUCCGAGGUCUUGGUGGCAAACGGCUACCCGCCUCCAGAGCUUCCCCCAGAGCCCAACUCCCCAGCAUCCACACCCAACACCCGCUCACCUCGCCAGGCACGCAGGCCUACACCCAAAGCCGAGCAGCGGCCCAUCGACCGCGUGCUGCGAUCUGGAUAUGGGACGUAUCCCGGGCGACGUCGUAAGGAAGGCCCGCCCCUGGUGAUGAUGUUCCCCUGUGCCCCCUGCGGGCGAGAUGUCGAGCUGGGAGACAAGGGCCUUACCGACUGUUUGCGCAACCUCACCUUGGAGCGUAUAGUGGAGAGGUACAGACACACAGUGAGUCUGGGCAGUGUGGCUGUGAUGUGCCAGUUUUGUAAGCCUCCUCAAACUCUGGAGGCCACCAAGGGCUGCGCUGACUGCAGGUCCAACUUCUGCAACGAGUGUUUCAAGCUCUAUCACCCAUGGGGAACGCCACGGGCACAACACGAACAUAUCCAGCCUACACUCAACUUCAGACCAAAGGUGUUGACCUGUCCAGAACACGAUCAGGAGAAGCUGCAGUUCUACUGUAGGUCCUGUCAGCGGCUGCUCUGCCCGCUCUGCAAACUGCGCCGCAUCCACACCGGCCACAAAAUCCUCCCCGUGGCUCAGGCGUACCAAGCGCUGAAGGAGAAGAUUACGAAGGAGAUGAACUACAUUCUGUCCAACCAGGACACAGUUCUGGCUCAGAUUACACAGCUGGAGAGCGGCAUCACUCAGACUGAGGUGAACAGCGUGUCGGCCAGAGAGCAGCUGGCUCAGAGCAUCAGGGACCUGACGGCGGCGCUGGCCGAGCGACACGCCUCGCUCACCCAGGCGCUGGAGGCGGCGCGGCAGAAGCGCGGCGAGGCGUUGGCUGCUCAAGUGGCAGAGAGACGGGGUCUGAUGGAACACGCAGGGCUCAUGGCGUUUACCCAGGAACUGCUGAAGGAAACGGACCAGCCCUGUUUUGUGCAGGCGGCUCGCCAAACUCACAACAGGCUGAGUAAAGCAAUUGAGAAUCUCCAGCAUUUCACUUUAGCAGCCGACCCGUCCUUCAGACACUUCCAGCUGGACGUCUCCAAAGAACUGAAACUCCUGACGGAGUUGAACUUCAUCCAGGCCCCCCAGGCUCCAGUGAUUGAUACCCAGCGCACCCUGGCCUACGACCAGCUCUUCCUGUGCUGGCGACUGCCCCAGGAGUCUGCGCCUGCCUGGCACUUCUCCGUGGAGUACCGCCGUCGGGGCGUGGUGCCAGGGGGGGCAUCCAGAGGCGGGAUCAGAGGGGGGCUGUCGGCCGCCCGCUGGGGCUGGCAGCGGCUGGACGAGGUGAGCGGGAGCAGCGCUGUGAUCGACAGGCUGGAGAUGGACAGCGUGUACGUGUUGCGGGUGAGAGGCUGCAACAAGGCGGGCUACGGCGAGUACAGCGAGGAGGUGUACCUGCACACCCCGCCUGCACCAGUGCUGAACUUCUACCUGGACUCUCGUUGGGGUCUCCAUGCCGACCGGCUGGUGGUCAGCAAAGAGCAGCGGUGCGCUCGCAGCGUCCCCGGCCUGUCCCUGCUGCAGGCCGCCGACCACGCCCUCACUUCCUGUCACCUGACUUCUGACCUCCUGGUGGGGGAUGUAGCCAUCACACAGGGACGGCACUACUGGGCAUGCUCAGUGGAGCCUGGCUCUUACCUCGUGAAGGUAGGAGUGGGUUUGGAGUCCAAACUGCAGGAGUGGUUCCACCUUCCACAAGACAUGGCGAGUCCCCGGUGA